AUGGCCGACGAUCAAGAAUUUUUGAACGAGUACUUCAGGGAUUCGGGUAGUGAAGCAGAUUUUGACGGGUUUGAGGCCGGAGACAUUGUAGAACUGGAGGAAAAUGAUUAUCCUACAUUCGAAAUAGUUGAUUUGGAUAAUGACGACGAUAUUGCGCGAGAUCUAGCCACGGGAUGGACACGACACAGGAUCGAAGACCUCAUUCCGCCAUUCACCGGCGAUUCAGGUUUGAAAGUAAAUAUUGCUAAUGAUGCUUUGCCAUUGGAAUAUUUUCAACUCUUCAAGAAUGAUGAUGUGUUUGCAAACAUAGCUGUUGAAACGAACAGAUAUUUUGAACAAUGUCGUGCUUAUCGCGGCAUCAACCUGAAACCAUUUGCUAGAAUGAAUUUGUGGUGCGACACAUCCGUGUCGGAACUCAAACAAUUUUUCGGCCUGACAAUUCUCACCGGACUUAUUGAGAGAUCGUCCUUGUAUGAUUACUGGACAACAGAUCAUUUAACACAGACCCCAGUGUUUGGGAAAACUAUGCCCAGGGACAGAUUUUUCAAUCUUUUGUCAUUCAUUCAUCUUUCCAACAAUGAAACUGCACUUCCCCGAGGUGACGAAGCUUAUGAUCCAGUUUACAAGGUACGUCCAAUUUAUGAUGUCCUUAGUCAAAAGUUUAGAACUGUUUACAUUCCAGAAGAAAACAUCAGUAUUGAUGAGGGUAUGGUCACAUGGAAAGGAAGGCUUUCGUUUCGUCAAUAUCUGCCAAACAAACCUGAUAAGUUUGGCAUGAAACUUUACAUUUUAUGUGAGAGCACAUCUGGAUACAUGUGUGAUUUAGACAUUUACACAGGUAAAGACUACGACCCAAAUCCUGAUAGGGAAGAGGAAUCAUGCCUUGGACACUCAUUCAAUGUUAUGAUGGGACUUCUCAGGGGUGCAGACUUGCUAAACAAGGGAUAUACUUUAUUUACAAACAAUUACUACUGCAAGUCUACCCUUUUUGACACGUUGCGCGCAGAGGACACACUUGCUGUAGGAACCGUGAGGAAAAACCGGAAAGAAAUGCCCGUCGCCCUCACACGUAAACUAAAAAAAGGUCAGGAAAUGUGUAGGAUGAGAGGCAGUUUACUCACCGUCAAAUGGACAGACAAAAGGGACGUUUACAUGCUCAGCACGAAACAUGAACCAACUAUGUCUCUGACCAACAAAGUUGACAGAACAAUGGGCGAGCCAAUUGUCAAACCUACCGUCAUCAUAGACUACAACCGCAACAUGGGUGGAGUGGACUUGGCUGAUCAGCUUGGUAAAUAUUACACCAUUACCCGCAGGACCCUGAAAUGGUGGUUGAAGCUAUUUUUCCAUAUGAUGAACCUAGCCAUAACAAAUGCCUAUAUAUUGCACAAGAAGAACUCACGCGCACCCCUCUCCCAUUACAAGUUCCGCAGAGAACUUGCAGCCGCACAUAUCAAGAGCCAUGUCUCCAGAAACCUCUGA